ACACACACACACACACACACACAGCCUGAAGACCCCUCUGUGCAUUUGCACACAUUCAUUUUUCAUGAAACAGACUCAUAACAAUUAGUCUGGUUACCGCCUGGGUAAUCUUAGCGUCCCUGUAAUGCCUGUGGUCUGCUGUAUGACAUCACUGUCUUAAAAGUUCUAAAUCUGACAUUCUCAUCCGUUUUCAUAGUGAGGACAUUAGCAGGCCUUAGCUAAUAGGCUCGCACUCGUUCCAGGCUAAAGGAGGGCAAUAAAGUGAGGAGGCGGGGGAGUGAAGGGAAAAAAAUGAGACUGGACUGCGUAGAGAAACAUGCUUUAUCCACUACAGCUUUUACACAAAUUAAUUUACGUGAGCAAGGGAGGGAAAUGUAAAGUUGUAAUUCAGCAUGCUUUGCCAAUGCAUAGCCUAUUUCUCGCAACAAGCAUCAUAGUAAGCAGAGUGAAGGUUUAUGCAUUAUUUCAGCAAAUAUAUUAUGCUAACAGCCAUAGCUAAGUGCUCAGGAAUUUGAGCAUUACAGCGCGCCAUGAGCUAAAUCGAGACUGUUGGCCACACAGUUUCCAACAGGAAUGAAAUGAUAGCUGAAUGAGCACCUUCAGAGCAUUUCUGCAGAAAAAAAUCAACGCAAUUCCUUAGAGAUAGUCCACCUUUCCAGCAUACCCCCCCCAUCUUUCGUCCCCUGCCCUAAACACCCUCAUUCCAUCCCUAGACACCAAAGCCAAGGUCAAGAAAAAAAAGUGCAGUGCUUCCUCUGUCUAGAGACUAUUCCCUGGGUGCCUACAGCUCAGUAUGGCUGAGACGUGUAUGCUCCGGGAAUGUUCCCUCCUCCUUUAUUGUGACCGUCAGUCUGAAGGUCAGCUCCUAGGGAGAGCAGGUUUUGAAAAUGAGGACACCCAGGAAAGAACAGCUGGAGGCUCUGCUCCAGAAAGCAACGUCGAGCUGCAGACCCCAGUAUUGCGCAUCACUCAGCUGGACGCUCUUGAGCUGGACUCAGCCCUUGAGCAGCUGGUAUGGACCCAGUUCUCCCAGUGCUUCCAAAACUUCCGGCCUGGACUCCUCACCCCUGUGGAGCCUGAAUUGAGGGCUCUCCUCCACCUGCUCGUGUGGAGGUUCACACUGUAUUCCAGCAGCACCACUGUGGGUCAAUCUUUACUGAACCUGCACUAUCACAACACUUUGUCCCCUUCUCCCCGCUACAGACCUCUGUCGCGUAGGCAGAAGUUGUGCCUGUUGCUGCUCACUGCAGGCCCCCGCUGGCUCCGUGAGCGUUCCCAUAGCCUGCUCCUGGGUCUGGGUCUAAGCCCAGGAGGGUCUGUGUCUGAAAGAGACAAUAAUUUCCUCGAACAGGGUCUACGUUGUUGCCUCACUCUUGUCUCUGGUAUUGCCCAGCUUGCAAGUCUCAUCAACUUCCUUGUUUUCCUAAAGAAAGGUCGGCAUCCUGUCAUGGUGGAAAGGAUUGUGGGAGCUCAGGCAGUUUUCAGCAAGCCCAGCGCAGUCCGGGACAUCGACUACCAGUACAUGAACCGGGAGAUGAUGUGGCACGGCUUCGCGGAGUUCCUCAUCUUCCUUUUACCACUGAUCAACACAAGAAAACUCAAGGCAACGGUGUCCUCAUUUGUUUUUGGGGGCAAAAGUGCAGGUGGGAAGAGGGCCGGAGGAGAGCAAGGGUUAUUAAAAGAGUGCGGACUGUGCGGAGAGUGGCCCACCAUGCCUCAUACUGUGGGCUGCCAACAUGUUUUCUGCUACUACUGCAUCAAAAGCCACAGCAUUGCAGAUGCUUGCCUCACCUGUCCCAAAUGUGGUGCAGAGGCAGGGCAGCCCGAGCCAGUCAAGAUGAACGUGGAGAUGAUUGACAGGUGAUGUUAUAAAGAAUCACUCUGGCUGAGUUUGUUUUCAACUUGUACGGACUUCCUGAAAGUGAAUACACACCGGGGUUAAGAUUCAUUCAUAUCAACCUGUGUGGAAAUGCAAGUUUAUCUCUUAGUUUUUAUUUAAUAUUUUGGUAUAUUUAUCAAAAAGACAGCAUUGCAGUAUUAACUCAAGGGCUGGGCAGUAAUUCAAUCACAAUAUAUUGCCAAUAUCGAUUAAACAAAGGUUAAAUAUUCUGAUUUUAACACGUGUUUAUUGUUUUCUGUCCAUAAAGAAGUUUAAAAUGAACUUUACGGAUGUAGAACAUCAUGAAGUGUUUUUUUCCAGCCCUAAUGGUUUAACUACUGUGUCCACUCUAUUUUUUUUUGUUGAAAGAUCCACAAUGUUGUCGUGUAUGAGUUUAUGACUGGACUUGAGUCUUUAUGAUGUCUGUGCCUCUCUGAACACACAUCGACCUGCUAUGUUUAAUGUAUGUGUGCAUAUAUUGACAAUCCGCUGGCCCUCCCGUUUCUCCAGCUGGACUUUGGACAGAACUAUUUGUCUUGGGUGCACCGGACGGACUGCAGAGAACCACACAGAGCAUAUAUUUGAUGAGCGAACGUGUUGAUUUAUGCUCCAAAUUGGCUCUGUGUUAGUGUGUGUGUGUGUUUGUUGAAAUGGGAAUAUUUGUUCUGAUGAAAAAUGCAGAAAGUCAGCUGAAUAAAUAAUGGGAGGAAUUUCUGAUGCCUCUCAUCAUUGCCAAAUUA